AUGAGAAUAAAGCAAGGGCAUAAGAGCAAGGGGGCCGCAAACCCAAGUUUUGACGAGACGGCUCUCGCUCACAUCACAAACCAAAUAGAUCAAUCCCUCGCUCAAUCCCGAGAAGGACGGCUAUCAAACCAGAAGAGGCAACUUGAUAACGACGAGAAGUACAACUCGAAGAAGUCCCGGACUCGACCGUCGGAGCGCAGUUCCACCAAGCAAACGCCUUCCCUUCUCGGAGAGAUUAUAGCACUUGGAGGGGAUGAAGAUGAUUUGAAACUGGUGGCCAAUGUUGAUUCAGGCGACGAAGGUGGCGGGGCACCUCGACCAAUAUCAACAGGGUCUGUUGAUGAGGACAAUUUGAAGAGCGAGCUGGCCCAGUUUGCAUCUAAUCUUGGCUUUAGCAAAUUUUACGAGGUCGAAGACCCUGAAACGGACGAGGAUCUGGGCAGUGAAGGAGAGGAUGAGGGGCAAGCAGGGGAGCAAGAAGAAGACGAUGAUGAAGAAGAAAACGAAGAAAAAGAAGGGGGCGCAGAGGAGGCCGGAGACAGUAUAUUUGAACCCCGUCACGAUUGGCAUAAGGUCUCCGUGGAGGGAUUGUCCCUCGGAGCCCCCGGAAACAACACGCACCACUCGCGCUCCAUCUCGAGUCUUAAGACUCACGCAGAGCGACUGCUCGAACAAGACUCCUUGGAAUACUCGGCCAGAAGGGCCUCCAGCUCGACACAAAAAUUCAUGUCGACCAUCAUGUCGUCCGGAACUUUGUCCGACAAAAUCUCUGCUCUGACUCUCUCGAUCCAGGAGUCGCCACUUCACAAUCGCAAAAGUUUCGACAGCCUCGUAACCUUGGCGGGAAAGAGGAGCCGGGGCCAGGCAAUUGCCGCGCUUGGGGCCCUCGUCGACUUGCUAGGCAAUGGCGCAAUGCUGCCCAGUGAUCGCCGUCUCCAUGUCUUCAAUAUGCAACCUUUGCUUCUCGGCGCCCUGGAUAGCGAGAAGAGUCCAAAAUUCUGGUCGGAAGGCCAAAGGCUCCCCGGGAAAUUGACCAGCCAACAUUUGAUGAUGUGGGCAUUUGAGGAUUGGCUCAAAGGCGCGUACUUUCGGAUUAUCCAGCUGCUUGAGGUUUGGUGCUCGGACGAGAUCGAAUACUCACGUUCUAGGGCCCUGGACUUUGUCUUUGGACUUCUCAAAGAUAAGCCAGAACAAGAGGCUAAUUUGUUGCGCUUGUUGGUGAACAAACUCGGCGACCGAGAGCGGAAAAUUUCUUCACGGGCUUCAUAUCUCCUCUUGCAGUUACUCAAUCUCCAUCCAGGGAUGAAGGCAAUUGUUAUCAACACAUUGGAGGAGGAGCUGUUGUUGAAACCAGGACAAAGCAUGCGUGUGAGGUAUACCUGCGCCAACACUCUGAACCAAAUCAUACUCAGCACGAAGGAACCGGCCAUCGCCGACACCUUGCUUCGGAUAUAUUUCGAGAUGUUUCACUCCUUGCUCAGGGUUGGUUCUUUAGGCGACUUUGCGCACGCCGAGGCCGGUCAAAGAGCCAGCCGGUCAGAAAAGAAGCCGAAGAGUAAGGGGCUACCCACCACCGGAGCACAGGGCAAUGAACAAGAAACGGUACAGAAGCUUGUCUCAUCCUUGCUGACGGGUGUCAACCGCGCGGUCCCGUUCGCCGGUGCCGAAGAUUCGACAAUAGAAAAGCAUCUUGACACGCUGUUCAGGGUCACACACUCCUCCAAUUUCAAUACUAGCAUACAGGCCUUGAUGUUGAUUCAACAACUUACGACGUCUAAGCAGCUGGCCGUUGACAGAUUUUACCGGACUCUAUAUGAGUCAUUGCUGGACCCCAGGCUCAUCACUUCGUCGAAACAUGCGCUGUAUCUUAACCUUCUGUUCCGGGCCAUGAAGAACGACGUGGAUGUCCGCCGGGUAAGGGCUUUCGUCAAACGGUUGACGCAGAUACUGAGCCUGCACCAGCCGUCAUUCGUGUGCGGAAUUUUGUUCUUGAUUGCGGAACUACACACCACAUUCCCCGACCUUCACACGCUACUGGAUGACCCCGAGGAUGGGGACGAUGACGGAGACGAGGUAUACCAGGACAUCAAAGCCGACGAUACCCAGGGGGAUGCUCAGCCAAAAGCCCAAUCUGGGGCAGAGGCGCAGCGUAGGGUGGCCUAUGACGGUCGGAAACGCGACCCCAAGCACAGCAACGCGCAUAGGAGUUGUCUCUGGGAGCUGGUGCCUUUCCUCUCUCACUACCAUCCUUCGGUGUGUGUGUUUGCCAACAACCUCUUGGCCCGGCAGAAGAGACUACCACGCCCAGACCUCGCCAAUCACACCCUGAUGCAUUUCCUCGACAGAUUUGUUUACCGCAGCCCCAAGGGAGAGGAAUCUAAGCGCGGGGGCUCGAUCAUGCAGCCAAUUCUUGCGUCCGGGGGCGCAUCGCGCAUCGUGGCCCCAGGCGGGAGUGGCGCUGAGCGGCAGCCAACGGUUAAUGUUUCGUCAUUCUGGAAUCUUAGGCUGGACCAAGUCUCGCCUGAAGACGUUUUCUUUCACGAGUACUUCGCUCGUGUCGGCAAGCCCGGCGAAGUCACUCGUACGACUCAUGGCGGGGUCGAAGAAGGCAACGAAGCCGGACCGGAUGAUGAGGCAGACGGCGAAGCGGAAAUAUGGGAUGCCCUGGUCAGCUCCCGGCCGGAAAUUGAAGGGGUUGGAGUUGAGGAGGAUGCCGACAUGGAUUUGGAGGAAUUCAACUAUUCAGACAAUGAAAUGGAGGCCGAUGACGCGGGCUUCGAUGGCUGGAUAUCUGAUUCGGAGGGGUCUGGCGAUUUUGAGGGUAUCUUUGACGACGACUCGGAUGGAAGUGGUGAUGCAGCCGUAGAGACCCACGGGGACGAACUGGAGGAUGGUGGGGAGGAAGAAAACGAGGAAUCCCGACUUGUGGGGCCUGGACUUAAGUCAGGCAACCGGGGUAGACUGAACAGGAAAGAGAUGAGGAGUCUUCCGACGUUUGCAUCGGCGGAGGACUACGCGGAGAUGCUGGCGGCGGAGUAUGGCUUAGAUGAUUAG